AUGGCAGGUUGGGUAGACAAUGGCAGUACUCCUCAUCCCAAGGCUGUCACCUCUAAUCAAGCAGGCCUAGUUCUCCUUAAUUCCGCCCCUGGUUCUACUAGAGCAAAUAAACGAAUGAACCAAUCCGUGGCUAUAUUCAAUUGUUCACGGAUAGCAUGUGUCACUACAACUAACGGUCGAAAAAGCAAGUGA